AUGCCCAAGUCAAGGAGGAACAAGGUGGUCCACCUGACCAACGUGGUCAAGAAGAACCGCGAGCAGAAGGAGAAGCUCUUUGAGAACAUCCGCGAGGCUCUCGGCGAGUACCAGCACUGCUUCGUCUUCAGCAUCGACAACAUGCGCAACACAUAUCUCAAGACGGUCCGCCAGGAGCUCUCGGACAGCCGCAUCUUCUUCGGCAAGACCAAGCUCAUGGCCCGCGCGCUGGGCCACAACCCAGAGGACAGCCACGCCGACAACAUCUACAAGCUGACGUCGUACCUCAAGGGCACCGUCGGCCUGCUGCUUACCAACCGCGAGCCCGAGUCCGUCCUCUCGUACUUUGACUCCCUCAGCCAGGUCGACUUUGCUCGCGCGGGUGCCACCAGCCCUCGCGACUUCGUCAUUCCCUACGGCACGCUCUACAGCACGGGCGGCGAGGUCCCCGCCGAGCACGACGUGCCCCUUGGCCACACCCUUGAGCCCGAGCUGCGGCGACUGGGAGUCCCCACGCGCAUGGUCAAGGGUCGCGUGGUGCUGGAGGAGGGCCCCGAGGGCGGCAACGAGGAUGGUGGCUACGUGGUCUGCCGUGAAGGCGACGUCCUCGACUCGAGACAGACCCGCCUACUCAAGCUCUUCUCCGUGUGCAUUAGCGAGUUCAAGGUCAAGAUCCUCGCGUACUGGAGUGCGGCUACCGCCGAGGUCACGGAGCUGAACAAGCCCGAAGACAUGGAUGGCGUUGAGGCCGACGGGUCUGACUAG